AUGUCCCAAGCCCGCCCACAAAUCGAUUACGAGGACCCAUAUCCAGUAGACGGAUUUAUAUUCGACGGACCCGCAGAUCGCAACAAUCCGAACUUAAUCGACGGAAUAAACAACAUGCGUCCUCCAAUGACGUCAACAGGCCCAUCAACACCAACAACAACAACAACAACAACAACAACAAUGUCUCCUGCUACGACUACUUGCGUCCAGAAUUGCCUCGCGACGUCGGAGUUUAAUCCAGUUUGCGGCUCUGACGGUCUUGUUUACAGUAAUCCUGGACGCCUCGGCUGCGCGAGGGCAUGUGGUAAAGAUGUAAGACUUUCUUACUAUGGAACUUGUUCUACAAGUUCUGCUCGAGGUUGA